AUGGCGGCCCUUAAACUUUUUUCGCUCGCCUCCGCGUCUGCGUUCCUGAUGGCGAACGCUGUCCAUCAAACCGAGAAGCAAACACCAUUGAACGCGAGAGUACAAUCGUCAACCUACACUGUAAAUCUGGGGGAAGAUCCUGUGUGCCUCGACGAAAUCAACGCUGCUCGCGAAGCCGCUGGACUGGCACACUUCAAAGUGGCAACACAGGAAGAACACAAGUUGCCUAAAACUGAGCCAGACCUAGAAGAAGGGGAAAGUACUACAUGGAAUCCCGUUUGUGAAGCUCUGAUAGCAGAGAGCCCAGAAGAACCAGAAGGAAGCACGGAAGGGUUUAAAAGUGGUACAUACGCCUUCAUGGCCUUGGAAUCGGAGACGCCUGACUGCGCCGCCGCAGUGAGCCACUGGAAAGACGCCGCCAGCAACUUCACUACAAUCCCUCCAGCGAAGAAUAACGAAACGGAACUCUACGGCAAACAACAUAACGUUUCCUUCAUUGCUAUGUACAACCCUUCAAACGAUGCCGCCGCUGACUGCCGAGUCGUUACAUGCACUCAACCUGCAACUUCCAGCCCCGGAGCAGCCAACUUCCGGAACACUGAGAAAGAGAAGAAAGGCUAUGCUCUACUGUGCAUGACCACACCUGAUGCACUUAACGAGGAUGCAGGUCCCUUCACCGAAGACCAGUGGAAGAAGAUCAAGGCAUCCCUCACAGGCUCAGCCACUACUGUUGCACCGAGUCUGCUUGCCGUUGCUAUUGCGGUCCUUGGCUUGGUUACCCUUUAA